AGCUCGCCGUCGAGAAAUAUACUUACUUGGCUGAUUUUAGCUAUGAAAGAAACCAGAUAACGCCACAUUUGAUGGGCAAACAAUUGCUAGAUACUUGUAAAAAAAAAAGGUUAUUAGCAGGUUUUGCAAAGAAGGUGCAUGCAGGUUUCUUAGUUGUAGCGUUUUGCGAAAGUUGUGGUGACAUUAUUUUAUGUGCUGUUAACGUUACCUCCUCUAACUAACGUUAGCUGACUUCGACCAGUUCUGUAAACGGUUUCAAAGUUACAUUUGUUUAAAUAGCGCAAUCACUAGUAUGUAGAGGUAAACAUUACUUUACAUUCUUCAACAUGGAAACUCAGAAGUCUUUGCAUAAUAAGAAGCUGCCCAAGAUCCCUGACAGUCCAAACCGCCUCCUACCACAACUUCCACAGAUCCGCUCCAAACCCCAGUGGCAGGAGACAGCUCCUGCCUUUGUCUUGCAGCCGCCAGUCAGAGGAGAGUCCCAUGGCUUUGGGGCGCCAGUUAGACUGUCCAGAGAUGUGCUGGGUGGAGGGUCGGGGACCAGGCGUUACCAGAGCCUGAGCAGAGGCCUGGAGGACUCCCAGAGCAGAGAGGCCGGCCUGUCAUCAGAGUCCUCCAAACAUCGCAGUAGUAGCCACACUCAGCCCAAAAAAGACCGGGAGCAGUUCCGCAGUGCCCUGGUCGGCAUAAUCCUGCAGCAUGAAUCUGCCAGUGGCAAAACCAUUGUGGAGGACAGUCACCCCCCUACCUGUGGGUCCCCCACAGCUACAGAGAAGGACAUCCUGAGAUAUUACUAUUACAUCCGCAAUGGGAUCGACACAGAGCAUGUGGCAGCCAUGGAGGACUCCUGGCUGGAGAAUGUUCUGGACCUGGUGCCCACUCACCUGAAGAGGCUGACUAGGACCAUAGAGCUGCUAUCAGACGAGAUGAAGGAGGACUACCUGCUCAGUGUGAAGAAAGCCAUCGUGGAUUUCGUACUUCGGGACCCGAGGGAAAACGAUGAAGACAAGGUCAAAGAUGUUCCUCCUCACAGAGUUGAAAUGGAGGUGGUCCCUAAACCAUGGAACAAAUCAUUCCUUCAUGCCCAAAAGAGGAUGAGAGACAAGUUGCAUUCCAUCAACCCCACUAUGCUAUCAGUGCUGGACCUGUGGCAUGUGUCUUUCAAGAAGAUGCGUCUCAUCGAUGUUGAGGAGUUCCAGAACAGGCAGGAGUCUAUGGAGCUCUCCAUCUUCCAGCAUCUAGUCACCAGACACAUUGAGUGUGCCAAGGACAUCCUCCUCAAAAAGUGGUUUCCCGAAGUUCAGCACAUUUACUACCAGGGGAACAAACGCAAGCUGGUCCCCAGCAACACCAACGCAGCCAAACUGCAGUCCUUCUUCAACUGUGUGGCUGCCCUGAUGGCCUCACAGCUCCAGAGUCUAGCACUGGAGUCCAUCCAGGAUUACACACACCUCAUUUCCCAGGACCCGUACUCGGUGAGGGCCUAUGAGCACCCUGGCUUUGUCCUGCGUCUGAUCCUGGAUGAGAAUGACAUCAAGUUUGAGCCUGACUUCAAAGACUUUGAGGUCAUCCUUCUCAAUGUCUACGACAUCAUGCUGAAAUCCAUCAGCUUGGUGCCGCGCGUGGAGACCAAGCUCUACUCAGAAUGGCCGGGCUGCCAGAGCGGGGGCACACUCAAGCCCAUCGUCCUCCCGGAGAUCAUGCAGGCCCAGCAGGAGGAGGUGAGGAGGGUAAUCUGGGAGGAGAGCGCCGGGCCUCUGGAGCAUGUGCGACUCUACGACAAGUACGCUCCCCUGGUGUCCCAGCAGGCCCAGGAUGACGUGGAGCAGUUCCUCCGCGAGCAGCAUUCCUUCCCAGAGAUCAUGAUAGAGGUCACCCGUUACCAACAGCUGGCAGAUGAGAUCCAGUACAGCUCCAGCAAGGUGGUGCGCCUGGGUAUGUUUGAAGUGCACUGCCACGAACUGGUCCGUGCCCUGGUGAAGCGUGCCGAGGGACUGCGGCAACAUCUGGUCACACAUAUGUUGGAAAACCACCAGGAAAUGAACAAGAAGCUCUGUGAUGAAUUUGAGAAGAUCGCAGAUAAUGCACUGAGCACCCCUCCCAACACACAGGAACUGAUGGAGCUCAAGGCGUUUGUGGACAAGGUGGAGGCCACGGAGAUGCCCCUCCUGGAGACCAAGCUGUCAGAGUCCAAGACCCGUCUGUGUUUCCUAGUGGACUAUGUCACCUUCUCCCCUCUGGACAUGCGCCUCAACCGGCAGACUUUCCAGUGGCACACACGAAUGCCCUCCAUCUUCGAGGAGCACCGGCAGAUCACCAGGGAGAAGACAGAGCAGUACCAGGGUGGCCUUAAGCUGCGGUGUGAGAGGUUUGUGGAGGAGCUAGAGAGCUAUGCCAAGCAGGUGGAGGAGUUUGUCACCUUCGGGGACCUGUCUGAGCUCAGCAAGUACCUGAAAAAGGCACAGACCCUUAACUCCAAACUGGACACCGCCAUGGAGAAGAUCGAAGGCUUCAACCAGGAGGAAGAGGCCUUCAACUGGCCCGUGUCCCAGUACCCACAGCGCAAGAAGGUCCAGGACCGCCUGCUCCCCUUCCUCCGCCUCUACGAGACGGCUGCAGAGUUCCAGAACCAGCACCAUAAAUGGGUUCACGGGCCACUGUCCGCGGUCAACCCAGACAAGGUGGAGGGCGAUGUGGGCAACUAUUGGCGUGCCCUUUACAAGCUGGAGAAGGGUUUCGGGGAUACGCCCAAGGCUCUGCACAUUGCUAGCCGUGUUAAGGCUGAGGUGGAGGCCUUUAAGGAGCACAUCCCCCUCGUACAGGUGCUGUGUAACCCGGGGCUACGUGACCGCCACUGGAACACCAUGUCGGAGGUGGUGGGCUUCCCGCUGCGUCCAGCCGAGGAAGGUGCCUGCGUGGCCCGCUUCAUUCCACUGCGCCUGGAGGCCCACCUGGCCAGCUUCGAGGGCGUCAGUGAAGCGGCCAGCAAGGAGCACUCGCUGGAAAAGGCCAUGGAGAAGAUGGCCCUGGAGUGGGGCGACAUGGACUUUGCCCUGCUGCCCUACCGCGAGACUGGCACGUCCAUCCUGUCGUCGGUGGACGAAGUGCAGAUGCUGCUGGACGACCACAUUGUCAAGACGCAGACCAUGCGGGGCUCGCCCUUCAUCAAGCCCUUUGAGGCUGAGAUCAGGGACUGGGAAGGCAAGCUUCUACUGCUGCAGGAGAUCCUGGACGAGUGGCUGAAGGUGCAGUCCACCUGGCUCUACCUAGAGCCCAUAUUCAGCUCCCCAGACAUCAUGGCCCAAAUGCCAGAGGAGGGACGCCGCUUCACUGCCGUCGACAAGACCUGGAGGGACACCAUGAAGCAUGUCUCUCUGGACAAGCACGUGCUGGCCGUGGUGGCCAUCGACCAGAUGCUGGAGAAGCUGAAGAAGUCAAACGAGUUCCUGGAGUUGAUCCUGAAGGGCCUCAAUGAAUACUUGGAGAAGAAGCGCCUCUACUUUCCACGAUUCUUCUUCCUGUCCAACGACGAGCUGCUGGAGAUCCUGUCUGAAACCAAAGAUCCCACAAGGGUUCAGCCUCAUCUGAAGAAGUGUUUCGAGGGCAUCAACGACGUGGUGUUCACAGAAGUGCUGGACAUUACCCACAUGAAGAGCAGCGAGGGAGAGGUGGUGGAGCUCCUAGAUAUAAUCUCCACCUCCAAGGCCCGCGGCCAGGUGGAGAAAUGGCUCCUAGAGCUAGAGAUGGGUAUGAUCAGCUCCCUGCAUAAGGUGAUUGGGGAGGCCAUUGAGGCAUACCCCAAGGACCUGAGGAUCAACUGGGUGCGUACCUGGCCCGGCCAGACGGUGCUGUGUGUUUCCCAGGUGUACUGGACCAAAGACAUUCACGCGGCCAUCGUCUCAGGACAGAAGGCCCUGGAUGUCUACCUGCAGCAGAACAACAGUCAGAUCGAUGACAUUGUGAUGCUGGUGCGCGGGAAACUGUCCAAGCAGAACCGGGUCACCCUGGGUGCUCUGGUGGUACAGGAUGUCCACGCCCGAGAUGUGCUAGCCACAUUGGUCCAGAAAGGCAUCAGGGACGAGACUGACUUUGAGUGGCUCAGUCAGCUACGCUACUACUGGGUGGAAGACCGUCUCCAGACUAAGAUGAUCAACGCUGGCCUUGCUUAUGGUUACGAGUAUCUGGGGAACACACCACGCCUGGUCAUCACUCCACUUACUGACCGCUGCUACAGAACACUGUUUGGGGCCCUGCACUUAUACUUGGGAGGGGCCCCUGAAGGUCCCGCAGGUACAGGGAAGACGGAGACCACCAAGGAUCUGGCCAAGGCUGUGGCCAAGCAAUGUGUUGUCUUCAACUGCUCCGACGGCUUGGAUUACAUCGCCCUGGGGAAGUUCUUCAAGGGUUUGCUGUCCUGUGGAGCCUGGGCCUGCUUCGACGAGUUCAACCGCAUUGACCUGGAGGUUCUAUCAGUGGUAGCCCAGCAGAUUCUCACCAUACAGAGAGGUAUUACUUCCCAUGCUGAAAUGCUGCUGUUUGAGGGGACAGAGCUAAAGCUAAACCCCUCCUGUGCUGUGUUCAUCACCAUGAACCCAGGAUACGCCGGUCGCUCUGAACUGCCAGACAACCUAAAGGCUCUCUUCAGGACGGUGGCCAUGAUGGUCCCGGACUACGCCAUGAUAUCUGAGAUUGUGCUCUACUCUUGUGGGUUUGUGACUGCCCGGCCACUGUCGGUGAAGAUCGUAGCUACCUACAGGCUGUGUUCAGAACAGCUGUCCAUGCAGCACCACUACGACUACGGCAUGAGGGCCGUCAAGUCUGUCUUGACCGCCGCCGGGAACCUGAAGCUGAAGUAUCCUGAUGAAAAUGAAGACAUCCUGUUGCUUAGGUCCAUCAUUGACGUCAACCUGCCCAAGUUCCUGGCUCAUGAUCUACCGCUCUUUGGGGGCAUCACCUCUGAUCUGUUCCCCGGGGUCAAACUCCCCAAACCGGACUAUCGUCUCCUGCUGGAGGCCAUCAAAGAGAACAGCGAUAAGAUGAACCUGCAGGUGACAGACUUCUUCGCAGAGAAGAUCCUGCAGAUCUUUGAGAUGAUGAUCGUGCGCCACGGCUUUAUGCUGGUGGGGGAGCCCUUUGGUGGGAAGACGUGCGCCUACCGGGUGCUGGCAGCAGCCCUACAAGACAUCUGUGAGAAGGGUUUAAUGGAUGAAAACCGGGUCCAAAUCACGGUUAUAAAUCCCAAGUCCAUCACCAUGGGCCAGCUGUACGGUCAGUUUGACCCGGUCUCUCACGAGUGGUCGGACGGCAUCCUGGCGGUCAGCUACAGGGCCUUCGCCUGCUCUCAGAGUCCGGACAGGAAGUGGCUGAUCUUUGACGGGCCGGUGGAUGCUGUGUGGAUCGAGAACAUGAACACGGUGCUGGACGACAAUAAGAAGCUGUGCCUGAUGAGCGGAGAGAUCAUUCAGAUGUCCCCGCAGAUGAGCCUCAUAUUCGAGCCCAUGGACCUGGAGGUGGCCUCCCCAGCCACGGUGUCUCGCUGUGGCAUGAUCUACAUGGAGCCUCACAUGCUGGGCUGGCGGCCCCUCAUGUUGUCCUGGCUCAACACACUGCCCACCACAGUCAACGCCAUGCACAAGGACCUCAUCACUGGUCUCUUUGACCGGAUGCUGCCGGCCUGCCUCCAGCUGAUACGCAAGGCUACCCAGGAGCUCUCCCCGACAUCAGACACAAACCUGGUGAACUCGCUGAUGAACUUGAUGGAUUGCAUGAUGGAUGAGUACAGCGAGGAGGUCAAGAUGAAGGGCAUGAAUGAGAGGGACAUCUGCUCCUGGCUAGAGGGCAUCUUCAUCUUCUGCCUGGUGUGGUCGGUGGGUGCCAGCUGUACGGAGUCCGGACGGGUGAAGUUUGACAGCCUGGUUCGGGAGAUGAUGGAGGGUGCCUUGAGCGAAGAGACACGGGCACGCCAUGGCAUCCUAGAGCAUGUGGAGUCUCCUGCCAAGCAGCUGACUGUGCCUCUGCCCACGGAGGGCACACUCUAUGAGUAUCGCUUCAUUAAAGAGGGCCCAGGGAGGUGGGAGUUGUGGACAGACGAGUUGAAGAUGGCGCCCCCUAUCCCCAAGGAUGUGCAUUUCAACCAGAUCAUUGUUCCCACGGAGAACACAGUGCGCUACACAGCUCUAAUGGAGCUGCUUAUCACCCACCAGAAGCCCACCAUCUUCAUCGGACCCACAGGCACUGGCAAAAGUGUCUACAUCAUUGACUUUCUGUUGAACCGUCUGAAUAAGGAUGUAUAUAGCCCCCUGAUGAUUAACUUCUCAGCACAGACCACAGCCGCCCAGACACAGAACAUCAUCAUGUCAAAGCUGGAUAAGCGCCGCAAAGGGGUGUACGGCCCACCCAUGGGCAAGAGAACGGUGGUGUUUGUGGACGACGUGAACAUGCCGGCCAGGGAGACGUACGGGGCCCAGCCCCCCGUGGAGCUGCUGCGUCAGUGGCUGGACCACUGGAACUGGUACGACAUGAAGGACUGCUCCAUGAUCAAGCUGGUGGACAUCCAGAUCAUGUGUGCCAUGGGACCGCCCGGUGGUGGGAGAAACCCAAUCACAGCUCGCUACCUACGCCACUUAAACACGGUCACCAUCAACGACUUUGACGAGAAGACCAUGUACACAAUUUUCUCCAGAAUCAUGGACUGGCACCUCACUAUAAGGUUUGCUUUCCCCAAGCCAUUUGCAACGCUGACCGCUCAGAUCAUAAAUGGCACAAUGUCUGUGUACCAGGAGGCCACCAAGAACCUGCUGCCAACCCCGGCCAAGUCCCACUACCUUUUUAACCUGCGAGACUUCUCCCGCGUCAUCCAGGGCAUCUGUCUGUCCCGACCUGAAACAGCUGAGAACCCCAGCGCCAUCAAGCGCCUCUGGGUGCAUGAGGUCCAGAGGGUGUACUACGACCGUCUAGUGCACGACUCAGACCGGGCCUGGAUGGUGGGCUACCUCCAGGAGGUGUCCCAGUCCUUCCUCAAAGAGGACUUCCACCAGCUCUUCCAGCACCUAGACCAGGACCAGGAUGGGUGCGUGACGGAGGAUGACCUCCGCAGCCUCAUGUUCUGCGACUUCCACGACCCCAAGGGCGAGGACCGCAACUACCGCGAAGUGAACAACCUGGACCAGCUGCGGCAGGUCGUUGAGUCGCACCUGGAUGAGUACAACAACGUCAGCAAGGCACCCAUGAACCUGGUGCUCUUCCGCUUCGCCAUCGAGCAUGUGUGCCGUAUCUCGCGCGUGCUCAAGCAGCCGCGCGGCCAUGCCUUGCUGGUGGGGGUGGGCGGGAGUGGGAGACAGUCUGUUACCAGGUUGGCCGCCCACAUGGCAGAGGCGGAGCUCUUCCAGGUGGAGAUCGCAAAGAGCUACGGCAUGACGGAGUGGCGUGACGACCUCAAGCUGAUCAUGCGCAAGUCCACGCAGGGCGACACGCACGGUGUCUUCCUCUUCACUGACACACAGAUCAAGAUGGAGUCCUUCCUGGAGGACGUCAGCAACCUGCUCAACACUGGAGAGGUACCCAACCUGUUUGCGACUGACGAGAAAGCAGAGAUCUGCGAGCGCAUGCGUGUGCUUGAUCGUCAAAGGGAGCGCGACAAGCAGACGGAUGGCAGCCCGCUAUCGCUCUUCAACAUGUUCCUGGAGCGCUGCCGCUCGCAGCUGCACGUGGUGCUGGCCAUGAGCCCUAUUGGAGACACCUUCCGGAGCCGCCUGAGACGCUUCCCUGCCCUCAUCAACUGUUGCACCAUCGACUGGUUCCAGAGCUGGCCGGAGGACGCGCUGCAGGCGGUGGCCUCACGGUUCCUGGAGGACAUCGAGAUGACAGACGAGUCACGGAUGGGCUGCAUUAACAUGUGCAAGAGCUUCCACACAUCCACCAUCGAGCUGUCGGCCUGUUUCCUGUCCGAGCUGCAGCGCCAUAACUAUGUCACGCCCACCUCCUACCUGGAGCUCAUCUCCACCUUCAAGGCCCUGUUGGAGAAGAAGAGAGCAGAAGUAAUGAAGCUGAAGCGCCGCUAUGAAGUGGGCUUGGAGAAGCUGGAGUCUGCAGCCGCCCAGGUAGCCACCAUGCAGGUGGAACUGGAGGCCCUGCAGCCGCAGCUGCGUGUGGCCAGCAAGGAGGUGGAUGAGAUGAUGGUGGUGAUUGAGCACGAGUCGGUGGAGGUUGCCAAGACGGAGAAGGUGGUGAAGGUGGAUGAGGCGGUGGCCAACGAACAGGCCAUGGCGGCCAAGGCCAUCAAGGACGAGUGCGACGCCGACCUGGCCAUCGCCAUGCCCAUCCUGGAGUCAGCCCUGUCCGCUCUGGACACACUAACCAACCAGGACAUCACAGUGGUCAAGUCCAUGAAGAGCCCUCCACCGGCGGUCAAGCUGGUGAUGGAGGCCAUCUGCAUCUUGAAGGGCCUGAAGCCGGACCGCAUCCCUGACCCCUCGGGCUCCGGCAAGAAGGUGGAGGACUUCUGGGGCCCGGCCAAGAAGCUCCUUGGAGACAUGAAGUUUCUUCAGAGCCUUCACGAGUAUGACAAGGAAAACAUCCCACCCCACCUCAUCGCCAUUAUCCGCAAACAGUACAUCACCAACCCAGACUUUGUCCCAGAGAAGAUCCGUACCGCCUCCACGGCCGCCGAGGGGCUGUGCAAGUGGGUGCGCGCCAUGGAAUCCUACGACAAAGUGGCCAAAGUGGUGGCCCCUAAGAAGGAGAAGCUAUCUCAGGCCGAGGGGGAGCUGAAGGUGGCCAUGGAGAGCCUGCGUAAAAAACAGGCUGCCCUCAAAGAGGUCCAGGACAAACUGGCAAAGCUGCAGCAGACACUGGAGGCCAACAAGAACAAGAAGGCUGAACUAGAGAAUCAGGUGAAAUUGUGCAGCAAGAAGCUGGAGAGGGCUGAGCAGCUGAUUGGUGGGCUGGGUGGCGAGAAGACUCGCUGGAGCGAGACAGCCUUUAACCUUGGGGACCUCUACACCAACCUGACAGGGGACAUCCUCAUUUCGUCUGCCAUCGUAGCCUACCUGGGGGCAUUCACCUCCAGCUAUAGACAGGCUCAGACCGAGGAGUGGAUGGAGCUGUGUAAGAGCAGAGACAUCCCGUGCUCCAGCAAUAUGUCCCUGAUGAACUCGCUGGGCGAGCCAGUCAAGAUCCGCAGUUGGACCAUCGCCGGGCUGCCAUCGGACAGCUUUUCUGUAGACAAUGGCAUCAUCAUCUCCAAUGCCCGAAGGUGGCCCCUGAUGAUCGACCCCCAGGGCCAGGCAAACAAGUGGGUAAAGAACAUGGAGAAGGCCAACUGUCUGCACAUCAUCAAACUGAGUGACGGAGACUUUGUGCGCACCCUGGAGAACUGCAUCCAGUUUGGCACACCAGUGCUCCUGGAGAACAUUGGUGAGGAGCUGGAUGCCAUUCUGGAGCCCCUGCUGCUGAAGCAGACCUUCAAGCAGGGCGGUGCCAUCUGCAUCCGCCUGGGAGACUCCACUAUCGAGUAUGCCCCGGACUUCCGUUUCUACAUCACCACUAAGCUCCGCAACCCCCACUACCUGCCCGAAACUUCUGUUAAGGUGACCCUGCUGAACUUUAUGAUCACCCCCGAGGGCAUGCAGGACCAGCUGCUGGGCAUCGUGGUGGCCAGGGAGAGGCCUGACCUGGAGGAGGAGAAACAGGCCCUCAUAUUGCAGGGGGCCGAGAACAAGAGGCAGCUGCAGGAGAUCGAGGACAAGAUCCUGGAGGUGCUGUCCUCUUCAGAGGGCAACAUCCUGGAGGAUGAGACGGCCGUCAAGAUCCUCUCCUCGUCUAAGGUUCUGGCCAACGAGAUCUCGGAGAAGCAGGCCAUCGCCGAGGUGACGGAGGUGAAGAUCGACGAGACACGCAUGGGUUACACUCCCAUUGCUGUGCACUCUGCCAUCCUCUUCUUCUCCAUCGCAGACUUGGCCAACAUCGAGCCCAUGUACCAGUACUCGCUCACCUGGUUCAUCAACCUCUUCAUCGCUUCCAUCGACAACUCGGACAAGAGUGACAUCCUGGACCAGAGGUUGCAGAUUCUGAGGGAUCAUUUCACCUACUCUCUCUACGUCAAUGUGUGCCGCUCGCUAUUUGAGAAAGACAAGCUGCUCUUCUCCUUCUGCCUCAACGUCAACCUGCUCAUGCAUGACAAGCUGGUGGAUGAGAGCGAGUGGCGCUUCCUGCUAACAGGUGGCGUGGGCCUGGACAAUCCCCACGCCAACCCUUGCACCUGGCUCCCCAAGAAGGCUUGGGAUGAGCUCUGCCGCCUCGAUGAGAUGGACUGCUUCAAGGGCCUGCGCAAAGACAUGUCCCGUAUGAAAGACGCCUGGAAGGAGGUGUACGAUAGCCCGAUUCCCCACCACACACCUUUCCCAGCAGAGUGGCAGCAGAACCUUGGACAGUUUCAGAAGAUGCUGGUUAUACGCUGUCUUAGACCAGACAAGGUCAUUCCCAUGGUGCAGGAGUUUGUAUCGGACAGUCUGGGGCGUCAGUUCAUCGAGGCGCCCCCCUUCAACCUGGGGAAAGCAUUUGGGGACAGUCACUGCUGCGCCCCCCUCAUCUUCAUCCUCUCCCCCGGUUCUGACCCCAUGGCCGCCUUACUCAAGUUUGGUGAUGAGCAGGGCUUCAGUGGAAACAAGUUGAGCUCUCUGUCUCUGGGCCAGGGCCAGGGCCCCAUCGCCAUGAGCUUGAUUGAGACGGGCGUGAAGGAGGGCACCUGGGUGGUCCUACAGAACUGUCACCUGGCCACCUCAUGGAUGUCCACUAUGGAGAGAGUGUGUGAGGAGCUGAACCCUGACACCACCCAUCCAGACUUCCGUCUGUGGCUGACCAGCUACCCCUCGCCCACCUUCCCUGUGGCAGUGCUUCAGAACGGGGUGAAGAUGACCAAUGAGGCGCCAAAAGGCCUUCGCGCCAACAUCGCCCGCUCCUUCCUCAUGGACCCCAUCUCUGACCCAGAGUUCUUCUCCAGCAGCAGCAAGCCGGGUGUGUUUAAGAGGCUGCUGUAUGGCCUGUGCUUCUUCCACGCGUUGAUCCAGGAGAGGAAGAAGUUUGGUCCCAUGGGCUGGAACAUUCCGUAUGAGUUCAAUGAAACCGACCUGAGGAUCUCUGUCCAGCAGCUCCAUAUGUUCCUGGAGCAGUAUGAGGAAGUGCCCUUUGAAGCCAUCCACUACAUGACUGGUGAAUGUAACUACGGUGGCCGCGUGACGGAUGACUGGGACCGGCGGACGCUGCGCACCAUCCUGACGAUCUUCUACACCCCCAAGAUUCAAGACCCUGACUACAAGUUUGACCCCAGCGGCCUGUAUUACUCACCACCGGAGGGAGACUAUAACAGUUACAUAGACUACACCAAGGCUCUGCCUCUGAAUCCGUCUCCUGAGAUUUUUGGUAUGAACGCCAACGCUGAUAUCACCAAGGACCAGUCCGAGACGCAGCUGCUCUUCGAUAGCAUUCUGCUCACACAGGGAGAGUUAACAUCACGUUCCUCAGGGGGUGACGCCAAGUCAUCAGACGACAUGGUGUAUGACGUGGCUGCAGACGUCCUCAGCAAGCUGCCACCCGACUUUGACAUUGAGGCAUCCAUGCGCCGCUUCCCCACCAGCUACAACCAGAGCAUGAACACAGUGCUGGUGCAGGAGAUGGGCCGCUUCAACAACCUGCUCAGGAUCAUCCGAGACUCCUGCAUCAACAUCCAGAAAGCCAUCAAAGGCCUGGUGGUGAUGUCUGGUGAGCUGGAGGAGGUGGUGAACAGCAUUCUGAAAGGUCGUAUCCCUGGCAUGUGGAUAAAGAAGUCCUACCCCAGCCUCAAACCCCUGGGCAGCUACGUCAAUGACUUCCUGGAUAGACUCAAGUUCCUACAGGACUGGUAUGAACACGGGACUCCGGCAGUAUUCUGGAUGUCAGGCUUCUUCUUCACCCAGGCCUUCCUGACGGGAGGCCAGCAGAACUAUGCCCGCAAACACACCAUCCCCAUCGACUUGCUGGGCUUCGACUUUGAGGUGCUGGAUGACAAGGAGUAUCGCCAGCCCCCCGAAGACGGUGUGUACAUUUAUGGGCUCUACCUUGACUGUGCACGUUGGGACAGAAAGACCAAGCUCUUGGCUGAGUCCUACCCCAAAGUGCUACACGACGCCAUGCCUGUGAUGUGGCUGAAACCCAUCAAAAGGCAGGACAUCCCCCAGCGUAUGUGCUACCUCUCCCCCGUCUACAAGACUGGCGAGCGCCGCGGCACACUCUCCACCACUGGCCACUCCACCAACUACGUAAUCGCCAUGGCGCUCAACUCGGACGUGCCCGCUGAGCACUGGAUCAGACGAGGGGUGGCGCUGCUUUGCCAGCUCAAUGCAUAGACUUCCCCUAUGCUCUGUUUUGCAUCUACUAUUUAUCCAGUUUUAUGUAAGAAGAGUUAUGAAAAGGAUGUUCUCUGGCUUGUUUUUUUUUUUCACACAGUGCUUCAUGAAUGUAUUGCUGAGAAUAAUUUGUCAUGAUAUUUUACUUUGAUGGGCUACGGAAGCAUAUACAAAAGCACAAGUGAUGAGGAUGAGCCCAAAACCUCAUAGAUGCAGCACCUCUAUACCCACAAGCACUGGACAUUGAACCUUUGCAUGUUUCCAUAGCCUUGUAUUACAUAAUUGAACAUCAGCCUUAAAAUCUUAAAAUUCGACACAGCUGAUUGCACAACAGCUGAGUGUUUCAACAUUUUGAUUAGUCUGCCAACAAUGAUUCCCAUUACAUUUUCACAAUAAUUCUUAAUUUCUAUGAUGUAUCUGUACAUAGAGCAACAUUUUAGAGCAACAAAACCUUCUUUAAACUAAUAAAAUGUUGUUUCAAAUUCUCCAAUGACAGAUACAAACACAGAUUGUUCUUAUUCUAUCUUGUUCUGAGGGCAGCGCUGCAGAAAUGUGAUCAGAGAUGGGUCAUUUUACCACUAGAGUGCCUUUUUUGCUAAGGUAAUUUGGUAACAAAAAAAACAGUUCAAAUCCAUAAAAAAACAUGUUUUCCAAUCUCAAGAGUUUAAAUUAAGAAAAUAUACUAUAGUAGGUGCCAAUUAAAGUAACAGGGUUGAAGUUUAAUUUUUUUUUGUAAAUCAACCAUAACUAAGGGAUGAAGGGAAGAUUGUUGUGUGCAACAGGGAUAAUUUCACAUUAAAAAUGAAAUUGUUAAAACA